AUGUUGUCCAACAUCAGUGUUACUCCUGCUCCUGAGCUGGUCGAUCUAUACGGUUUAGUCCUGAAGUUCUUGUUGUCCUCGGAGGCCACAUUGUUCUACUUUAACCCCACUGGACAGAAGUGUAGCUGGGAAACGCUUUUGAGGACUAAUCUAUCCAGCCAUCCUCAGAUCAUCUGGUAUCGCGAAGAAACUUAUCCAGGAUUGUACCAGCGCCACAGCAAUAAUCUCUUUGUAAUGGCCUGUCUAUCUUCAAUAUCUUAUGAUGGGCAGCUCAAGCUUUUGGCCCAGAGUUUGACCAGGUACCGGUUAGUAAGAGUACUUAUCGAGGUGGAGGCUAAGGGAGGCUCCUUUUUGGCCUCUCAAAUACUUCUGCUUUGCCAACAAUACAGUAUGCUGAAUGUGGCACUGUACUUUUCACGUUGGAAACGCACUCUGAGUGUCUUCAGUUACCUGGCUUUUCCAUAUUUCAAGGUCUUGAAGCAGCGUUUAUUGGGAUCUUUCCGACCCAACAUCUUUAUCAACCAGCUAGCGGAUCUCCAAGGCUAUAAAAUUCGGAUUCAACCCGACCUGUCGCCUCCCAACUCAUUUUUGUAUCGCGAUCGACAUGGUGAAUAUCGGUUGGGUGGAUAUUUGUGGAGGAUUGUCGAGAACUUUUCCAGAAGUUUGAGAGGCGACACCCAGAUUCUAUAUCCGACAUGGAAAAAAGGCAAGGUUUUAGCUGCGGAAUAUAUGAUCCAGUUUACACGGAAUGGAAGUUCGGAUAUCGGAGUAACUGCCGCAAUGAUAACGUUCAAGCACGAGGAAAGGUAUUACGACUAUAGCUACCCUCUGUUUGACCUCAGCUGGUGUACCAUGUUGCCGGUGGACAAGCCUUUAGGUGUGAAAGUUAUAUUUUUCCGAAUACUGAGUCCUGGACUAGCGCUUCUUCUACUUUUGGCUUUUAUACUGUGCUUUUUGGUAGUUCCGCAGCUUAUGAAAUUGUUGGGUAUCACUUUUCGUGGAAGAUUAAUACGAGUGGCUUCAAGGAUUUUCGCCUUGGUGAUGCUUUGCUCCAGUUCUGCCCAACUGCUCUCCCUGCUGAUGUCCCCACCGCUCCAGACACGAAUCAAAAACUUUGAUGACCUUUUAUCCUCUGGCUUGAAAAUCUUUGGAAUAAACCGUGAGUUCUAUUUUCUGGAUGGUGGUUUUCGGGCCAAGUACGCGUCAGUUUUUCACCUGACUGAGAACCCCAAUGAGCUGUAUGAUAACCGAAAUUACUUUAACACAAGUUGGGCAUACACCAUCACGUCCAUAAAGUGGCUUGUGAUUGAGGCCCAACAGCGGCACUUUGCCCAUCCAGUAUUCCGGUACUCGCAGGACAUGUGCUUCAGUUCGAACCAACCCUGGGGCUUGCUGAUUGCACCGGAGUCCCUCUAUCGCGAACCGCUCCAGCAUUUCACCCUAAACAUGAACCAAGCUGGCUUGAUGACCAAUUGGAUGACCCAAAGCUUCUAUGAAAUGGUGAGAGCUGGCCGCAUGACCAUCAAGGACUAUAGCCGCGCUCGUGUAAGGAAACGGCUGCGCCUCAAGGACCUUCGCAUGUGCUGGCUCAUCUUGGCAGUGGGUCUGGGCACUGCGACCGGCGUAUUCACCAUCGAAUUGCUUCUUUUCUACACCAACGUAUUUCUCAAUAGCUUGUAG